AUGCGUAUACGUGGGAAAUUUUACGCGCGUAAGCGUAUACGCUACGCGCGGAGCACUAGCCUUAUGUUGGCCUUCACAAUACCUUCGUAUGUUUCUUACAAGCUGGUGACAUCGCAGGUGCAUAGUGUCAAUGUUUUCAUCGCACACUUCCAUCCUGCAUUCCGUGUCAUCUUAGGAAGUGCGGGAUUUGUUACACUGACAAGUAGAAUUAUGCUCAUCCAGGGCGUGGCAGCUACUGUGGGUCAUGAUGAGAUGGUGGAGGAGGCUUCUGAGUUUCAUUAUCUCCCAAGUUCGAAUUUUUCCUUUGAAAACCCCAGAUACAGCAUAUCUUCCAUCUGGCGAGAAUGCGACAGAUGGGAUACUGGCAAAUGUCCACAAAGGGAUUUCCCUGCAUGUGUGCCAAUCACAGUAUCCCAGAGUCGUAUUGUUUGUCGCCAGAUGCGGAAUGCAAUGCAUCUCCCACUUGGUGAGAAUGCAACUGGGGUAACAUUGCUUUUAUAUUCGUGA